GGUAUUCCAGCAGGCUGCAUCUUUGAACUAUUGAUAUUAUAGGAAUUCUGUAUUUAUUCAGGCCAUUAGUCUGGUUUUAUCAGCGAAGUUACUCUCAUCAAAUAAAAUAAACGCAUGAAGAGGAACAACUUUACGCACAGCACACCUGCUAACAUAAUGAAGAUAAUUCUACUCAUGGUAUUUUCCCUCGUUUUGGCAACUGUCCUUAGCCAAAAAAUAUAUUUUGACGACAGUUGGAGAGAAGACAAUGAAACGAGCAAAUGGCCACAAUCUGAGCAAUACAAAGAAAUCCUGAAAAGAAUGACUCGAAAACCUGAGUCACGCAAAUUCUUUGGUCUUAUGGGGAAAAGAGGCUCUGCAAAAUCCCAGGUAACAAGAAGAAGACAGAAAUUUGAGUCUUUUGUUGGACUGAUGGGUAAAAGGAGCUCAGAGGAACAAGGUAAAAUACCAGCAUUUAGUGUAUCUGACUCAUUCUGAAUGAUUUUUUCUUUCUCUUAGGACAUACUGUUGAUUACUGUUAUUCCUGCAGGUAACUUCUAAUGGAUCUCCAUAGCAGCUACAUACAACUUUGAAUCAAAAGAAUCAAGUGUGAACCAGGAUGCACUGAACAUGUGUUUGCAUGAUUGUUUCAGUCACGUGUGAUGUCCAAUAUUUUGAAAACAUUUUGCAUCAAAUUAAACAGUACUUGCAAAAUUUGCUUUAGAUAAUUAAGGAAGAUGCAUAUUACUGUGGUGUGAAAUGUCAAAUCUAUUCAGACAAAUAACCUGUUAGUGCUCUGAAAACAUUCAUAUUGUGCUUGUAAUGUGGCAGAAUACUUACAUCAAAAGUAAAACCACUAAACUGAAAAACGCUGUAUGAAGGUAGAGACAUGGUGCAGACAAAGAAGAUGAAUAAACUACAGAGAAAAAUAAGUAUCACAAUUAAACUGUUUAAGUUUCAGUAGGCCUACUGAACGUAGUAAUGCAGUAUCAACAUGCAUCUCUUAUCAGAAUUCAUUGCAUUACAAGUCUAUUACAUGUUUAUUAAGUGACUUUGUACAAUACAAAUAAAAAAAUACAGAUGAGUACAUAGCCAAAGCAAAAUAUGGUGUUGACUUUCCUUUCCCACAUAAUCUGAUGACAUGUGGAGUUACAGAAAUAUUCCUUUCAUUUAUUUUUGCUCUUUGUACGACUACUGAAUGCAUUUUGAACAGUCAAUCCUCUUCAGAAACUGGUCAAAGCUUCAGAAUAAUUCUCCAUACAAAAAAAAACAUUACUUUAGCUGGCUCGGUAUAUAUAAAAAAUAAACUAACUGAAAUAUAACAUUUAUGAAGUUAAUGGUGGUCCAAGGCUAGUGAAAUUUGCUAAAAACAGAAGAAAGCGUUA